AUGGAUCCGGUCAGCGCAAUCGGCCGUCUGUUCACCAAUACCCAUUCAUCCAUGACUGUUCUCCCUCUCAUAAUAGCCGACUUGCAACUCAUACAAGCUGACAGCGUCUAUGCAGCUACACGAGAUCACGCCGCUCUUCGCAGUGUUGUCCAAGGUUGCCUCUCAGACACCCAAGAACUAGACGCGAUUCUUGAGAAGGCACCACCAUCUAUAGGAGACUCAAGCUGGGAGAGACGCAACAAGGCAUUGGGCAGUCUGAAAUAUGAUAAGAAAAUCGACAAAAUUGCAGCAGCCAUGAAUAGUUAUGUCGGUAUCUUGACGUUGCAUCAGGUCGUUGAUCUCUCCCAUAACUUCAAGUUCGAGAAGCCGCCCUCGUACGAACAGGCUUUUUGGCUAGUUCCUUAUGACAAAAAUCCAUCCUUUGUGGGAAGAGAAACUCUCUUUAAGGAGAUUGAAAGUUCUUUGGCAGCAGAAGAGGGAGUGCAGCCAAAGACAGCAUUGUCCGGUUUGGGAGGGAUUGGCAAGUCUCAAAUUGCUCUAGAAUAUCGUUAUCGAAAACGAAAGAAGGAUCAACGAUGCAGCAUCUGCUGGUGCAACGCUGCUACUGCGGCACGUUUCGAUGAGUCAUUGAACCGAAUAGCCACUCAGAGCAGUGACAUUGCUUUCUAUUUGGCCAACUCGGAAAAGCCUAUCAUGAUUCAAGAGAUGCAGGUGGCUGAGGGUCUGGAGCUAGCCAUGAAGCGAUUGCCCAGCGAUACUCCUCAAGAAUUGCUGAUUGACUUGCUAGAGGAACUGGAAUUCAUCCCGUUGGCAAUCACUCAAGCAAGCGCAUUUAUGGCAAAGAGAAGAAAGACGGUGCAAUCAUCAUGGCCGUCCAGGGAGCUCAAUGGAGUCGGUCGCCAAACAUGGAUGCUAUCAUUUGAAGCGAUCCGAGAGUCGAACCCUAGAGCGGCUGAGCUAUUGUGUUUGAUGACAUUCUUUCAACAUCAGGGAGUCCCCGUUACUCUCCUUCAGGAUGAGGAUGAGGACGAGUUUGACUUCCAAGACGCUGCCGCAGUGCUGAAGGCUUUUUCGUUUGUCGACGCUAAUGAAGAAGAAACCAUGUUCAGCACCCAUCGACUGGUACAACUGGUGACGAGGUGUUGGUUAGACCAGGAGAUACCCUCCGAGACAGAGAGAUGGGCAUCUGCAGCUCUCUACGCUGUGGCAACGCGCUUCCCUAGACCGACCUCGCACCCUGAUGCAGAGUACUUCACACUCGGCGAGUCUCUUCUUCCUCAUGCGGAGCUCAUGUUGCAACACAAAUUCAAGAGUCCUUCAAAGAAAAUAGAGCAUGCCAAGGCCAGCCUUCUCAACUCAUCAGGACGAUACCUUCACUGGAAAGGUAGUUAUGAUGAAGCGCGGUCUCGUUUCCAAGAAUCGAUGCAGAUCAACACGAGACUUUUCGGUGAGAGACAUAUCGAUACAAUGGCCAGCACGGGUUUAUAUGGAUGGUCACUUGCCAUUGUCGGCCAAAACCCAAAGGCGGUUUCCAUGCUGACCCACAAACGAUCGAUGCUUUGA